AUGUUCCGCCGUUUGAAACUUUUAAAAUUGGGUAAAAAUCUGCAUUCUCGAUGUUCUUCAACGUACAGUAAGUUUUUUUUGGCGUUUGUGUUGUUGCUUUUAGGUGCAAAAAAUGUUAAAGGAGUAUUAAGUACUUUGUAAGAAUUUGAAUACUAUUUUAUAGAAAGAGUUUUGUUGUUUUCAGCUGGAAACAACAGUAAAUUCAAUCAGAAUUUGUUGUUUUAUGGACCUGCUUCCGCAGUCUUUAUCGUGGGAGGGCUUUAUGAAGGAAAGAAACGACUCUUCAGAGAAGCAGAAGCCGCGACAGCUCAUAUACCAACGCCACCAAGCUUUGAACCACCAGAUAGAAAUGAUUUGCCGACAUUUAAACUAUCAGAUGUCGAAAAACAUGGGAAGAAUGCUGAAAGAAUAUGGGUAACAUACAAAAAUGUAAGUUUCUAAAAAUAUUUUAAAUUUGUGAGUUUUUUUAAACGUUAUUAAAAAUAUUUAGUAGAUUGUUUAUGUCGUUGUUCAUCUAGUUUAUAGUUACCUUAUUUAGCAGUUUUAGGGAGUUUAUGAUGUUACUGAAUUUGUGACAAGUCACCCAGGUGGAGACAAAAUUUUAAUGGCUGCUGGUGGUUCAGUGGAGCCUUUCUGGGCCAUCUAUGCUCAACAUAAAACUGGAGAAGUUAUGGAAAUUUUGGAAACAUUGAGAAUUGGGAACAUUGACAAGAAAGAAUUAGAAGCAAGCAAAACUAAGGUAGGGCUUUUUAUGUUUCUUUCGAACUUUAGGCAAUACUUUUUGUUCGCUGUGAGUUUUUGCUGAUGGAGUCUUUGAAUAACAUAAAACGUAGCAUAAUAUAGAAGUUUAGGUAGCAAAUGCAGACGAUCCAUUCAGUCUUGAUCCUCCAAGACACCCCGCUCUGUUGGUCAAUUCUCAGAAGCCAUUUAAUGCAGAAACACCGCCAAGUUUGAUCUUGGAUAACUUCUUAACCCCAAAUGAUUUGUUUUUUGUCAGAAAUCAUAUGCCAGUUCCUCAAGUAAGUCAGUUAGACUAAUACUUUAUCACAAAGUAGUAGAAACGUUGAUAGAAGUGAAUAAUUUCUUCAAUAAUAUGUUUUCAGACUGAUAUAAAGAAGCAUAGAUUGCAAGUCAGCGGAUUAGGUAUUAAUAAACCGGUGGAGUUGAACGUAGAUGAUCUUAAGCUGAAGUACGAACCUGUCGAUGUGAUAUCGGUAGUGCAAUGUGCUGGAAACAGACGUAACGACAUGAAUGAGUACAAGAAGGUUAAUGGUUUGAUGUGGACUGGAACUGCCAUCAGUUGUGCCAAAUGGACUGGUGUUAGAUUGAGGGUGAGUUUGAUAUCCAUGAAGUCCAAACUUAAAAUAAUACGUUUAGGAUCUUUUGAUAACAGCUGGAGUAAACCCAAACGACCGUAAAAUUAAGCAUGUUCACUUUGAAGGUGCUGACACAGAUCCUACAGGAACACGUUAUGGAGCUUCGAUUCCAUUUCACAAAGCCAUGGAUCCAGAUACGAUUGUCGCUUAUCAUAUGAACGAUCAAGACAUACCACAAGAUCAUGGAUAUCCACUGAGAGUGAUUGUUCCUGGUAAUGUUGGGGCACGACAAGUGAAAUGGGUAACGUCGAUCAAGACUUCUGAUAUUGAGAGCCCUUCUCAUUGGCAAAUGAAGGAUUACAGGUAGUUGAUUUAAGUCAAUUUGAAUAUUAUGCUUUUACGCCUUAUAAUGGGUAUGUAACACUUUAGGCCAACUUUAGCUUUGAAUUUAUUGUUUUUAGAGCUUUCUCACCAUCAGUUACUCAAGCUGACAAAAUAGAUUACAACUCAGUACCGGCUAUUCAAGAAUAUCCUGUUCAAAGUGCUAUAAUGACGCCGGCUACUGGUACCAAGGUUUCAAAAGGUAAGGCAAUGUUUAUAUAGACUGUAUAUGUUAAACCAAAAAGCGAGCUAUGUGAACACUUUAACACAUCAGUAACUUAUGCCUUCAGACGAUGGAACGAUAGAUGUAGCAGGUUAUGCUUGGAGUGGAGGUGGCAGAGGAAUUAUCAGGGUAGAGCUAUCAGCUGAUAACGGUGAAACGUGGUAUUCUGCAGAGUUACAACAAGAUAGCGAACAGGACUUGGUAUGCGUUGAAUUUUAGAUACUGAUUUUAUGGCUAAGAUAUGAUAUAUUUAUGUGCAAUAUGUUGCUUUUAUGUGUACAUAGUUUAUACUCUUUUUUACUUUUUUUAUUAUUUUUAAUUUGUUUUAGGAGAGAAUGUGGGCAUGGACUUUAUGGAAAGCCGAGAUUCCAAUACCUAAAGGAAUUGAGCCAGGACAGAAAGUUGAAAUUGUGUGUAAAGCUACAGAUCGUGCUUACAAUACACAGCCAGAGACACCAUCUGGCUUGUGGAAUAUAAGAGGUCUAGUAAAUACGUCAUGGCAUCGUGUGAAGGUGGAUAUUACAGAAUGA